CCGCCCCAUCCCUUUUACGGAAAUGACUAGCUUCCUCAGCUCCUUUUUCCCUUUAUAAAGGAGGGACACAAAAGAAGGUAGAAGGAAGAAAGAGUGCAAGGAGAUUGUGAAAGGCAACUGAAAACUGAAAACUUGGACCUGUGGUGCUGUAGAGCAGGAGGCUCUUCUAGGUUGGCCGUUGCCAUGGAAUCUGGACCCAACAUGUUGGCUCCCAUUUGCCUGGUGGAAAACAACGAAGAGAAGCUGUCGGUGAACCAGCAAGCUAUACAGAUUCUUGACCAGAUUUCUCAGCCAGUGGUGGUGGUGGCCAUUGUUGGACUGUACCGUACAGGCAAAUCCUACUUGAUGAACCGUUUGGCAGGACAGAAUUAUGGCUUCCCUCUGGGAUCCACGGUGCAGUCUGAAACUAAGGGCAUCUGGAUGUGGUGUGUGCCCCACCCCUUCAAGCCAAAUCACACCCUGGUCCUUCUGGACACUGAGGGUCUGGGCGAUGUGGAAAAGGGUGACCCUAAGAAUGACUCCUGGAUUUUUGCCCUGGCUGUUCUCCUGUGCAGCACUUUUGUGUAUAAUAGCAUGAGCACCAUCAAUCACCAGGCCCUGGAGCAGCUGCAUUAUGUGACAGAGCUCACAGAACUAAUUAAGUCGAAGUCAUCCCCAAGUUCAGAUAAAGCAGAAAAUUCCACAGAGUUUGUGAGUUUCUUCCCAGACUUUAUUUGGACUGUACGGGAUUUCACCCUGGAGCUAAAGUUGAACGGUUACCCUAUCACAGAAGAUCAGUACCUGGAGAAUGCCUUAAAGCUGAUUCAAGGUGGGAAUCCCAAAGCCCAAAUGUCCAAUUUGCCCAGGGAAUGCAUCAGGCAUUUCUUUCCAAGACGGAAGUGUUUUGUCUUUGACCGGCCAACAAAUGACAAAGACCUUCUAGCCAAUAUUGAGAAGGUGUCUGAAAAGCAACUGGAUCCUAAAUUCCUGGAGCAAACAAACAUUUUCUGUUCUUACAUCUUUACACAUGCAAGGACCAAGACCCUCAAAGAGGGAAUCAUGAUCACAGGGAAUCGGCUAGGGAUUUUGGUGCUGACCUAUGUAGACACCAUCAACAGUGGCGCAGUGCCUUGUUUGGAGAAUGCGGUGACAACUCUGGCCCAGCGGGAGAACUCAGCUGCUGUGCAGAGGGCAGCCGACCACUACAGCCAGCAGAUGGCCCAGCGGGUGAGGUUCCCCACAGACACACUCCAGGAGCUGCUGGAUGUGCACACGGCCUGUGAGAGGGAAGCCAUUGCAGUCUUCAUGGAGCACUCCUUCAAGGAUGAAAACCAAGAAUUCCAGAAGAUGCUUGUGAGAAUCAUAGUGAAUAAGAAGGGGGAUUUCUUGCUGCAGAAUGAAGAGUCAUCUGUUCAAUACUGCCAGGCCAAACUCAAUGAGCUCUCAAAGGCCCUAAUGGAAAGUAUUUCAGCAGGAAGUUUCUCUGUUCCUGGAGGGUACAAGCUCUACAUGGAAACAAAGGAAAAGAUUGAACAGGACUAUUGGCAAGUGCCCAGGAAAGGAGUAAAGGCAAGAGAGAUCUUCCAGAUAUUUUUGCAGUCUCAGGCAGCAAUAGAGAAAUCCAUCCUGCAGGCAGAUAAAGCCCUUACUGAUCGGGAAAAGGCAGUAGCAGUGGAGAAGGCCAAGAAGGAAGCAGCUGAGAAGGAACAGGAACUUUUAAAACAGAAAUUACAGGAGCAGCAGCAACAGAUGGAGGCUCAAGAGAAGACUCUUAAGGAAAAUAUAGCCCAACUGAAAGAGAAGCUGGAGAAGGAAAGAGAACACAUACUGAGAGAGCAGAAUAUGAUGUUGGACCAUAAACUGGAGGCCCAAAAGAAUUUGCUUGAAGAAGGAUUUAAGAAGAAAUCUGAGGAGAUGAAUGCAGAGAUAAAUCAAUUAAAAAAUAAGAUUGAUACUACAAAAAGUGAUAAUAGACCCUGGAUUGCACAAGCCUUGGACAGACUUGGCAACGCGAUAGUUUCUUCAGUAUUCUCUGAGGAUGGUAAAUUAUUUAAUCAGAUUGUCAAAGGUGUAAGUUCACUAUUUAAAAAGAAUUCUAAAUAAAAUAUUGUAGAUUGUGGAUACAUACUUUGACAUAUUUUUGGUCUGUAUGUUUUCCAUUUUCAUUCAGCAACAUUUUAAAUAUAAAAAGUACUUACUGAAGGAUAUUAUUGCCUGGCCCACGUGAGAUAGAAUGGAUGCAUGCACACUUUGAAUAACCAUGUUCACUUUUAGGAAAUAUAAAUUUGCAAAACCAUUUACAAAUAGUGGGUCCACUAAGGCAUUGUUUUUAAUGGCAAAAUAUUGGAAAAUAUGUGAAUGUUCUUCAUGUAAGAUUGGUAAUAUAAAUUUUAGUUUGUACAAAUACUGGGAUAUUAUAUAACCAGUAUAAAAAUUGUCAGUGGAGUUCUAUUUUGACUACUACAGAAUAGUCUGGAAGAUACAUUAUAAAGUGAAAAAGGAAGCAAGAUGCAAAGCAGUGUGUGUUAUCUUAUCACCAAGGUAAAAUGCAAUUAUUACAUGCAAA